AUGAAGGUCCCAGACUCUCCUGUGACCACCAACACCAACAAGGCUUGGGACAGAGGACUGCUGUCUGCUCUCUCCAGUCACCCUCCUAGCCCAAGGAUCUCCCUGGAAACACAGCUGACUCCUCACUCCACACACUCGCCUCCUGCCCCCCCUGCUCCAGGCGACCCCAGCAUGAAGACCCUCGCCCUCCUCGCUGCCCUUCUCCUGCUGGCCCUCCAGGCCCAGGCUGGACCCCUGCAAGAGAGAGAUGAGGAGAUGCCACUGCAGGAGCUGCCCGUGGCAGAGGACCGGGACGUGUCCAUUUCCAUCACAUGGAAUGAAAACUCCAUUCCUCAAGCUCCAGUGAGAAGCAUGGCCUGUGCUUGCCGAAGACCAGCUUGCCUUGCAGGGGAAACUCGCCUUGGGACCUGCCACUUUGGUAACAAUGUCUUUGUGUUUUGCUGCUGAGUGUGGAGAAGAGAGAAAAGGCAGCUCCUCAUUUGCUUGGAGACCUCCAGGGCAUUGCUGUUACUCUUCUACCUUGUCCUCAAUUUCCUUUCCUGGU